CAUAUUUUGCAAUCUCAAGAUGUCUUGUUUCUUGGGAAUAUGUUUUAUAUUAUAUUUCUUUAAAUUGUCGGCUGGUUAUGAUAUUUAGCUCAGUUAUUGUCAUUUUGUUGAGAAGUUUCGUCCAUUUUCUGUUGGGCAACAUUAUUAAAGUGUGAAAAAUGACCGCAAUCGCAAUCCUCUAAACUUUUAGAUAUGAAAUCAGUAUUAGAACACGGAAUGUUAUUGCACUCGAUACAAAUAAAUUAUGUCGACCAUAGUGAGUGCAGUUAGUCUGAAUUCCUGAUAUUGGAUACAUGUAUUUGACAAUGUUUGACUGCGAGUCUAUAAUAAACAUACUCAUGAUUACAAGAAUGUGACUGGCUGAUGCCCACUGAGAUGACGCCAGCAAAGGAGACGGGAGAUUACCAGACACAAGAGGCACUGAAAGAACCACGAACAAACGCUUGUAACUUGUUAUAGCCGAUUCAAGAACUUUUAGAAAGACGAAGGGUUGUUGAAAGAAUAUUCUGACUUAAAGUUUAAACUACAUAACGGUUUUUUUCUAUAAUUCUGAUACUAUGGAUUUGUUUCGGUGGUUCGGGAUGUUGUGGGGGUUUGGUAUUCUCCUUUCUCGAGUAAAAUCAAAAACGUGCCCACCUAGAUUCUAUCCUAGCAGCUAUUUUGGGGAUGAUUUAGUUUGCCAACCUUGUCCUUUGCAUUACCAAAGCUGCAAACAACAAGGAAAAGACCAAAGACGAUGCAAGAAGCAUUGUGGCACACCGACUAUCUUUACGGUUUCUACCAUGAACGUUCCAGUCAUCCACGUUUCCAGAUUUUGGAUAACAUUACAAACAGACCAGACGAAAUUCCCAAACAAUAAAUUGUCAAUCUCUACAACCGACCUAUUACCAUCAAAUCAUGCUGUAACGUCGGAUACAACAGAAGACGUCCUUAUUGCGAUUUUCGUCCUUCUGAUAAUCAUUAUUGUGCUGCUGUUGUUGGGUUGUAUCUACAAAUAUCGACAGAAUACCGCAUUAUUUCCAAGAAGCUUUUCAAAAAACGGCGUGAUGGCAGAAACAGCGGAUGAAGAACAUGGAAAUUUUGUGAACUAUGUGCCAUCGUCGUUGUGAAGCCUUAAAAUAUAAUUUAAAGUAAGAAAACUCUUAAGCUGCUUUGACAAGGAAUCGCUUAUUAAAUAGAUAAAUGAAAAGCCCAACAUUGAUAUGAACAGUCUGGCCAGGUAAGAAGUUAA